AUGCUGGCUUUCGGAAGCACGUCCGUUCACGCUCCCGCCGCUGCUCAUUCCUCUGUUCUUCCGUGCUCCCCUCUGCCUCUCCUGCAGCCCUACGGGCGGACCCACCCGCCGGUCGUCGAGAGGUGGUUGGACCGCCGAGGAGUCAUGUCAUGGCUGGAUAAGACUGACGCUCGCCUCUUCCCCUUCUCCCUUUCCUCCCGUCUUCCUUCGCGUCAGGACGAAAUCCUACGGCGAGCAGUGCAAUGCUAUAAGGGCAAGAACUGGCGUAAAAUAGCGGAGUUCUUCCCCGACCGCACGGACGUGCAGUGCCUGCACCGAUGGCAGAAGGUGCUCAACCCCGACCUUGUGAAGGGUCCCUGGACCAAAGAGGAGGACGAGCGCAUAACGGAGCUGGUGGCGCAGUACGGCGCAAAGAAGUGGUCGCUCAUCGCGCAGCACCUGCCGGGGCGCAUCGGCAAGCAGUGUCGCGAGCGGUGGCACAACCACCUGAACCCGGGCAUCAAGAAGGAGGCGUGGGGCGAGCACGAGGACGUGCAGCUCAUCAAGGCGCACAAGCUCUUCGGCAACAAGUGGGCCGAAAUCGCCAAGUUCCUGCCCGGCAGGUGCGUGCGGGGUGUGGGAGUGCCUGCGUUUUCUGGAUGCGUUUGCAGUUGGUCGGGAGGGGUAUCCGCAUCUCGUCGCGCGCGUGGUAGGCUGGUUGCCUGUCGUGCCUGUGUUCUCCUGCAGGCUCGUCCCGCGGUAUUGGUUGAAAGCGCGCUCAACCAGCGCGCGCAUCCAGUCAGCGCGCGCCUGCGCACCCGUCUGUGCAUCCACUCGCCUUGCCGCCUCCGUGCAUCCGCGCGUGCUUCCGACGACAACUCGAUCAAGAACCAUUGGAACAGCUGCAUGAAGAAGCGCGCCGAGCUCUGCACUCUCGCGGACCUCCUCGCGCUUCCGCCGUCACCCGGGCUCCCCGAAAUCCCCAUCUCCGCGGAAGUGCUGCAGGCCGCGCGCGAGGGGAAGCCGCUUCCGCCCAUCGGCGGAGACGGCGUCUGCGGGAGCGGGAGCGGGGGAGAGGAGGAGGAGAAUGGAGGGGAGGAGGUUGAUGACGAUGCGGAAGCGGAGGAGGGGGCGAGAGGGGCCGAGGUUAAAGGGAAGGGUAAGGGGAAGGAGCGGGCGGGGGAGAGGGAGAACGGAGGGUCGCAGCAGGGGGAGGAGCAGAUGGAAGUGGCGGUGGGCAUGCCUGCGCUGCCCCGAGGCCACUUUCAGGGGAACGUUCAGGUGCUUCCGCAGCAGGUGGUGGUGAAGCUAGAGAUGAUGGAAGAGCAACGCGAUGGUGGCAGUGGUGCUGGCGCUGACGUGGCACACGGUGGAGUGGCAAUGCAGGGCGUGGGGCAGCAGGGUGCCGUGGUGCAACAGGGGGCCAUGGUGCAACAGGGGGCCAUGGUGCAGACCGUCCUCUCUGCUGCCCCUCUUCCCGCUCCUGCUGCCGCCCCUGCUGGCGCUCCCCCCAGCGCUGCCCCUGCGUCCUCGUCCUUCCUGCACCUGCCCUCGCGCCCCGCUCUCACCCUCCCCCAAGCGCGGCCAGGGCCCAGCCAGCAGCAGGCGUACCUGCCUCAGCAGCAAGGGCCCAUGCCGCACACAAGCUCCACCCGAAACUCUGUAACGGGUGGCAGCAACGCUGUUCCAAGCGGUACCACAUUGGCAGGCGACGCUGCAGCACAAGGGCGCGCAGCAAGCCGUGCAGGCGGAGCCUGGGAGUCCAGGGUGGAAGUGAAGGCGGAGAGUGACGGCAUGCGAGGGCGCGAGGGGGCGGAGGAGGAGGAGGCGGCAGCGGUGCAGCGGCUGCUGAGUCUGGACGGGGCGGCAGCAGAGCCGCUGUUCCAAGCAGCGGAGCAGGCAGUGCAUGAGUACCAUGCGACUCAGGGCUUCCAGGGCACAGCAGCAGCAGCAGUGCCAGGGCUGGUGACGGUGGAGAGGGCAGUGGAAAGGGCGGUGGACGAUUCGCUCUUCUACGUGCCGCCGCAGCUGGACCACCUCGAUGCUGCGCCCUCCACUGCUGUCUCCUCCGCGCCCCCUCCCCUCGUGCCCCUGCCCCCCCUCUUCGACUCGUUCCUCCUCAGCCCCACCACCGGCCCCGCCCUGCCUGCCUCACCGCAAAUCACCGCUCUCAACCUCCCCUCCUCCUCUGCGCAGCCCUUCUCCUCGCCUCUCGGCCUGCGCCAGAUGCUACCUCCUCUGCCGUGCACCGGCUGCCAGACCCCCAGGCAGAUGCAGCCUGCCGCGCCCUCUGCGGGCUGUCAGACGCCAGUGAACGCCAUCUUCUCAGGCCUCUCGCCCUUCCUCUCUGGCCGCAGCCCCCCCUCGUGCGCUGCCUCGCUGUCCAUGUCGUGCCUGCUGCUCAGUGCUGGCCGCUCCCUGGACGGCCCUCCUUCCAUCUUCCGCAAGCGCAGGAGGGUGGUUGAGGUCACUGCCAACGCUUCUGCUGCCACGCCUCCACCUGCUUCUCGUGUUGCUGCUGCGGCUGAUAGUGCUGCUGCUGCCGAUGAUGCUGACGGGGCUACUGUAGGUGCCGCAAAGGGCGGGGAGGAGCGGGGGGAGAAGGGAAAAGAGGGUGGAAGAGAGGCGGAGGGAGUGUUGGAAUCGGGCAGGGUGCUGGCUCUGCUGAGGGAGCAGCCAGAAGGGCUGGGCAGUGCACAGCGCAGAGCAGGGUCAGCGGGUGCAGAGGAGGCCCCCACUGCAGGUGGGGCUGGAGAAGGCGGUGUCACUAAGGGGAGUGAUACAUGCGAUGUUGACCGUGACGGGCGUGAUAAGGGCGGGCUGCUUCUGCGGAUGGGCAAUGGUGCUGACAGUAAGGAUGGUGGCAGCGAGAAUGAGAAGGGGAGUGAGAGUGGUGUAAAGGUCGGGAAUGAGAAAGGGAGGGGCGGCGAGGGGCUGCGGCGUGAGAAAUCGGGCGAAUGGGGCCUGGAUGGCGAGAGCAGCCCGCAGAGGAGUUUGAAGUGUGAACGCCCCGCGUGCAGGCGGGCAGCUGUGAAGGAUGGCCGUGCAACCGACCUGGGGGACAAGGAGGAGCAGAAGGAGGAGGAGGAGGAAGUGGAAGUGAAGGAAAGGGAGGGAAAGCAGGAGGGACCGGGAAAGGAGCAGGAGGAGGAAGAGGAGGAAGCACAGGAGGAGGAAGAGGAGGAAGAGGAGGAUCCGGCUGAUUUCGCUCUGCCUGCAGCUGCCAUUGACGGUGAGGAUGGAGAGGGGGGCGUUCACUGCGGGCCGGUGACGUGGACGCUGACACGUGGCAAGAGCGUGAGCCCUGAGGGCAAGAAGCGCGCGCGAGAGGGCGAGGAGGAUGGGGUGCAGGCAGGGGCGAGGGGAGGAGGCGGCAUGGGAGGAGCAAGGCCGGAAGGGAGAGUGUCUCCGAGGAAGCAGCUGAAGCUGGAUGGGGAAGUUGCGACGGUGGCUGCUUCUGCUGGCGCUGCUGGCGCUUCUGGUGCUGGCAAUGGGGCCCUGCCCCUGAGCCGUGUGCUGCACUUGGAGCUGGAUGCGGCUGCUGACACCCACAUGCAUGACGCCAUGCAUGGCAGCAAACCCAGUCAUGAGCUCACCACGCCGCACUCAAAGAAGCACGAGCAGCAGGGUGCAUCCUUGAGCAAGCCGCUCUCCUCGUCCUCCACCCUCCCAUCCCCCCCGCUCUGUGUUUCUGCCUCGUCCACUCGAGAUGCCUCGUCCCCAUCAUCCCUCGCGCCCGUACCCUCCUCAGACACCCCCUCUACCGACUCUCCUGCUGCCACUGCGCCUGCGCAUGCUGAUGCUCCUCAGCCCACAUCUGCACCUGCUGCCCCUGCUGCUGCUACAGCAGCAGCACCACCAUUACCAGCGUCACUAGCAGCUGGUGCCGGGGCAACAGUGGGAGUGGUGGGGCGAUCGCGUCUGGGUACAGUUCCUGUGGUGGCCUCCCCUAGAGUGGGUCCGCUGCGGUCAGGAGUGGUGGAGAAUGGUGAGAAGGUGGGGGCAACGGAGGAGGGGAGUGCAGACGGGGAGAAGGAGCGGCAAGAGAGCAGGUGUGUGCAGGGCACUGGUGCCAGCGGUGCAGACAGCAAGCCGUGUGACUCUUCUGACACUGCUGUAGCUGCUGCAGUGAAGGUUGGGACCAAGGCAGGCAGCACCACAGCAGCAGGCUCACACAAGGGUCCGGCCCUGAAGGCACAGACGAGGAGGCUCAUCCGCAAGGUGCUGCCUGGGGGAGGCGUUGACUGGCAGGUGGCGGCUGUGGGGCCUGGGCUCGCCAGCCUCAGGGGCAUCCUGCAGGCUGCCUCCGGUGCACCACCGCCCCUCACAGGAGCCCUGCCCUCGCACAUACGCACUGGCACUGCUGGGGGCACAGGGGCAGCAGCAGCAGGAACAGCAACAGCAGUGGCGGUCCCUGCAGGGCCUUUUGGAUCCGGGCGCCUGCUGUCCUCUGCAGCAGCUGCAGCAGCAGCUAAGGCUCGGCCCGCACCGAGGGAGCUUUGCUCGCCGGAGCUGGCAGGUUCAGGUGCGAGCGUGAGCUACUCAGGGUGCUACAGCAGCUGCAGCGGCAGCCAGUCGUGCAUGAGCGGGGCGCUGUCCCCCUCAGUGACACCAGCGACCUCCCCUCCUGCGGCAUCCCUGAUGGCCGCCAUAAGCACCAUGGCCUCUGCCACUGUCACGUCUGCUGCUGCUGCUGCACCGCCUCCGCCCCUGCAGAUGCCCUCACCUGCGCAGCCCCAGCUGCCCCUUGUUCAUGGGAAGGGAAGCAGCAGGGCCGGUAGUGCGAGGGUGGCCCUGACUACUGCUGGUAGCAGUGGCGGUGGCACUGCUGCUGGUUCUGCUGCCAGUGGUGCUGAGUGUGCGUCUGCAGAGGCUGGUGAUGCGGCAGUAGCAGAGGUUGGUGAGACCAUGGCUGAGGGGGGCUCACGUGCUGCCCAUGGCCACACUGCUGCUUCUGCAGCACCUGAUGCAACACCUGGUGCAUGUGAGGUUGACCCGCUUGAGUGUGCUGAGGCAGUGAGUGACGUGGACGCAGCAGUGGCAGCAGAAGGCAAGCCAUGCAUGGCACUGCCAUCACCACAAGCGCCACAGCACAAGGCACCAGCAACACACAACGCCUCCACGUCUCCUCCUCGCCCGCUGAAGCGCCCCUUCUCUGCUGCUGACAAUGCCGACCCACCAGCUGAUUCCAGUGCUGCUGCUUGUGGCUCUGCUGGUGCUGCUGAGGGUGGCGCCGGUGGUGGUGGAGCGAAUGGCGGAGAGGCAGGCUCAGCAGCGGGGGGAGGAGGAGAGGAGGGUUCAGAGAGGAAGGUGAGGCGGGUGCGACCGCCGCUGCACCGGUGUGUGGGCAAGCCGCAGCAGCAGGUGCAGGUGCAGGGGGAAGGAGAGGGCGAGGGUGGAGAGGCGGAGGGAGAGGCAGCAGGCGGUUGUGCUGGUGUGUUGUCCCCACCCCCUCUCAAGCGCGUGGCAGCAGUGCGAGCAGCAGCAGCAGGGGAGGGGCAGGGGAACAGCUUGGGCCGAGCAGAGGCAGGAGAGGGUAAUGGAGGAUCUACUUUGGUGGGAGGGGGUGAGGGGGCAGCAGGGUCGGAGGGGCAGUGGGUGUUGCAGGAGGUGGGGGUGGAGGGGUCGCUCUUCUCCCCAACGCCGCCUUCACGUGCGGGUAUGGCGGGCGUGGCAUCAUCACUCGCCUCACCCAUGUCGCCCUUCACCGCUCGCUGGCUCUCGCCUGUGAGGCCGCAGGCACUGGCAUCGCUUGACGUCUUCCGCUGCAGCACGCCCGCGUCGAUGCGCAAGGCGGGCUUUGCUCGCUCCCAUGCGCACUCUCACGCAAACACACACGCGCCCAUGGUGGAUGGUGACGCUGCUGACUGUGACCUGGCAGCGGGCACUGGGCUCAGCAAGACCACGUGGGGCGAGCCCAUCAGCCCUGCCAGCUACCUGCUGCGCGAGUACCGAUGA